ACGAGUUCGAGAAACAUAUCCAGGACAUUGAAUCCAAACGCAAGAAAUCGACACCGCUAUCCAAAAGCUGCAAGGUAACAUAGAAGAGGCAUUCAUGGUAAAACUUGACAAACUGAAAGAGAAUAAGCAGCUGCUUAUCACAGAAACACAGCUACUGCAAGAGAAUUGUGACCAAGAACUGGAUGCCUUGAAGUCUGGCCAUCGACAGAAGAUCAAGGCUAUUUCAAGCUCUGUGAGCCUCGUUGCCAAUGGAAGGUUGAGAUAUUUAGAGAAAGACAGUCUGACAGCGCACUCAUUAAUCUCCAACGAACUAGAAAGUCUCUUGGAGGAAGCUAUUGAUGAGGAUUCUGUAACCGACUUAAUGACACGUACUACAGCGACACUGUUAAUACCGGCAGAAGAUACCCUUCUUGAUCUUGGUCGUGUGUCAAUUCCUUGUCCGGCAAUCGAAAAAGUGGUUGACCUACCAUAUCCAAUGAGUGGCAUAACACGACUAUCUGAGGAUUCGGUUCUUGUUGGGUAUGGUGGAAGCCGGUACGAUGCUGAUAAAGUGGAAAUCAAUGGAAACGUGCAGAGCUGUCCGAGUCAACAUUAUAAUUCACUUUUCUACGAUAUUGCCAUUCUAAGCGAUUCAAAGAUUGUGGUGUCAGUAGCUCCGAGACAAGUAACAUUCUUCAAUGAAAACUGGUCUAGGACAACAUACACAACAAUCUUAAAUGAAACAGGAUAUAACAUUCCAUUCAUAAGUGUUAGCUCUAAGAAUGAAAUCAUAGCGGCGAACAUAACAGAUCGGAUUCAUGUCUUUGAUCCUACUGGAAGCACGAGAAAGCACUCAAUUGCAACAAUGGAAACACCAGGGCAAGCCCUUGCAACCAAGUCAGGUGUGAUCAUCUCAAGUUCUUGCCACUAUAAUCCUCCCAGCAGAGUAAGAGUCUAUGAUAGAGAUGGAAAAUCUGGUGAUCCUAUAGCAGCCAAAGAGGGGAAUAUCUCUUCCCAGCAGUAGAUGGGGAAGACAGGGUGUUCAUUGCGAGUGUCAAUCAGCCAGCUGGUAGAAUACAAAUCACCCUCUACCGUCCCGAAGAUUUGAAGCUCAAGAAAGUGGUAGAGUUCGAGGAGCUUGAACUAGCACUGAGUCACACAUGGUGUUAUCUAGUUUCCGUUUCCCAUAAUACACUUGCAUUCGCUUGUGGUAAAAAGGUGUAUUUCCUUACUAUUCCACAUGGAAUAGUUCCUGUGGCUGCAGAAUAAUCAGAAACUAAAAGCCAGAGUUGUAUGUAAGGUUGUUUCCGCAUGAUAACAGUUCUCAUGGCGUCUGAUAGUGUUAUAUCCCCUCUAGAUGCUAGUUACAUGUAUGAUAUAGACAGGUGUAACACAUUAGUACAAAAUAUUAUAUUUGCGAGCACUAUAUGUUGGUGUGUAUUGGAUUAGUUCUCAUAAGUACAAUGAAAUGUAUUUCUAUCUAACGAUUUAAAAGUCAUUGCGAUUUCAAGUAGUUUACAUCUGUUCGGUAUCCCCCCUAAGAUGGUGCUAAUACAUUACAGGGCAGCAGUGGUAGCAAUCGGUAAAAUAUCCUGCCUUCAUAAUAAUAUCCCUAAAAGUCGAAUCUAUAAUAGUCAAUGUGUUCAUGUGUACGUGUGCUUCAUACUACCAGUAUACCACACAAUUCUGUGCAUGUCAUUACUUGGAAACCAUUUGUUGUUUGUGUAAGUUUGAGUUAUCUGAUUAUUUUCUGUUUAUAUUUGAUAACUACACAAUCAUUCAAUGUUAGUAAAAACCAAAAAUUGUUUUUCUCUAUUCAAUCAUCAUUGAUUGUUACUAAUGAUCGAUUUGUCCUAAUUACCUUGGAUAUUGAACGAGGUCGACCUUGGCUAGCUCUUAAUAUUGUUGGCUCUUUUGAGCCAAAUGUCUUCAGUAGUUGUUACAGAGAAAUAGAACGUAUUUUGAAAAGUUUGAUAUUUGAAAUAAAAUAAAUGAAUGAAUAGAAAUAACAUACCAUACACACAGACUGCAACUCAUGUUGAAUACGCUUCCACCUUUUGCAAUGAUUUUCACCACUGCUUUUUAUUUGUUUGUUUGUGAAUAUACUUUCAGCGUCUACAAUAUGAGAUUUGAAAGUUACUUAUGUUCAGAUGUAAAGAAAUAAUGCAUAUUGUCUUAUUAGAGUUAAGUUGUAUUUCGUUAAUCAUCAUGCACAUUAUUUAUUUAGUUUAGAAAAUAAUGACCGCAUCAUAGAAAAAUAACAAAGAUAGGAUAUUGUGUACAUCUGAGCAGUAUCAAGUAACCAAAUUAAUUAUUUAUUUGCUUCCAGUUACUUUUUGUACUUUCAGAGUUUUCAGAUAAUUUGUAUGUACAAUAGAUAUGAUUCAAGAGUAUAAUAACCAAAAUAUUACAGAAGAAGGAGUUGAAUCCUAUUCAACAAGUAGUUUGUGAUGCAUAUGAUGCCUGAAUGAUAUACAGCAGCUGCGUUUUGUAAAUCCAUGUACUAUUAUAGUUAUUGUUUUGCAGUUGUCCAAAUUCUAUUCUGCAUUGGUAUUUUUAAUUUGGUGUCUUGAUCAAUGAUGGUUGUGUGCAUUGCAUUUUCAACGAAUGAAAUGGACUGUACUAGCCAACUUGUAUUCAUUUUGAAACACUAAUUUACUGCUUUGGGAAGCUCACUUUUAAAAACAGACCUUUCAUAGACCGUUUAUAUCCAAGGAAAGAUAACCAUGAAGUCCAUUUCAUAAUUUUGUAGAGGCUGCAAUUAGUUUGAAAUGAUAUGAAUAAAUUAGUUUUGUUUUCUUCAAAAGAUGAUGUCGACAUGAUUGAACAGCUUUAUAAAGCCAGUGUCGG